AUGUCAGGAACAGCAGCUCCAGAUCUGCCAGGGAGCUGCUCUGGGCCCAUUCUUUGCUGUAUUUCAUGAACACCACGUCCAGAUCUGCUGGGGAGCUGCUCUGGGCCCUGUUUUGCUCCAUUUCAGCAGCCCCACUGAAGCCCCAGUGCUGCCUCCUGGGUGUGGGCACAGCCUGGGUUUGGGAGGCCUGAGAGGCUCCAUCUGGGCUGCUGUAACCAUCCCUGGAGGAUGUGGCUCCCCAGGGACAGGAAUUUGAGCUCCUCCAGCUGCAGUUCCCAAGGGCUGGGGCCUGCUGGCCUUGGCAGGCCCUCGUUGUGCCACUGAGCUCAAGGCCAUGGUGUCACAUAGCUCAGUGUUUGGGGAUGUGGCCUGUGCUGCUGCUGGGCAGGAGAUGGGAGGGAAUCCUUUUGUUUCCUGCCUUGGAAAGGCUUUCCCACUGCUCCAGAGAAGCUCAGAGCUGGUUCAGAGCAGGAGGUGCAGGGCUGGGCUGGUCUGUGUGGGCUGGAGGAGGCUUUGGGAACCGUCCCUUCCCCUUGGUGUGAGAGGGCUGAGCCAGGCAAUGCCCACUGGUGACCAGAGCUGUGCCCAGCUCUGCUGCUGGGGACGCUGGGCAGGGGAAUCAGGACAUGACCCACAUUUGCAGCUCCUCUCAGAGCCACAGGGCUCGUCCUGCUCAGCUUGUGGUGCGCUCUGUGCUGGGCUCUGGGAGCUGCAGUCCAACCCCGUGCAGCUGGCACCUGCACCUUCUGGCAGGAAUCCAUUUCCACUCCUUGUUCCUCCCCAGCCCGGGAGUUGAGCAGUCCCAAACCUCCUCAGUGCUGACCCUCACCAGCAAUCACUUGAAAAUGACCCAAAUCUUGGCGCAGAUGCCUCGGAACCCCUCAAGCAUGGAGCCUUGCUUGGAGCUGAGGACAAAAGCUGAGUUUGGAGGAGCUGCUGCCUGGGAGAGAGGCGGCGGGAGGGCGCUGCCCCCGCCGGUGCCCGCCGCAGCCAUGGAGGGGGCAGUGCAGCUGCUGAACCGCGACGGGCACAGCAUCUCCCACAACUCCAAACGCCACUACCACGACGCCUUCGUGUGCAUGAACCGCAUGCGGCAGCGCGGGCUGCUCUGCGACAUCGUCCUGCACGUGGCCACCAAGGAGAUCAAGGCCCACAAGGUGGUGCUGGCGUCGUGCAGCCCCUACUUCCACGCCAUGUUCACAAAUGAGAUGAGUGAGAGCCGCCAGACCCAUGUGACACUGCACGACAUCGACCCGCAGGCGCUGGAGCAGCUGGUGCAGUACGCCUACACGGCUGAGAUCGUGGUGGGAGAGGGCAAUGUGCAGACCCUUCUCCCUGCUGCCAGCCUGCUUCAGCUCAAUGGUGUGAGGGAUGCUUGCUGCAAGUUCCUGCUCAGCCAGCUGGACCCCUCCAACUGCCUGGGCAUCCGGGGCUUUGCUGACACCCACUCGUGCAGCGACCUGCUCAAGUCUGCCCACAAGUACGUGCUCCAGCACUUCGUGGAGGUGUCCAAGACUGAGGAGUUCAUGCUGCUGCCCCUCAAACAGGUGCUGGACCUCAUCUCCAGCGACAGCCUCAACGUGCCCUCGGAGGAGGAGGUGUACAGGGCUGUGCUCAGCUGGGUCAAACACGACGUGGACAGCAGGAGACAGCACGUGCCCAGGCUGAUGAAGUGCGUGCGGCUGCCGCUGCUGAGCCGGGAUUUCCUGAUGAGCCACGUGGACACGGAGCUGCUGGUGCGGCACCACUCGGAGUGCAAGGACCUGCUGAUCGAGGCGCUCAAGUACCACCUGAUGCCUGAGCAGAGAGGGGUGCUGGGCAACAGCCGCACGCGCCCGCGCCGCUGCGAGGGCGCCAGCACCGUGCUCUUCGCUGUGGGUGGAGGGAGCCUGUUUGCCAUCCACGGCGACUGCGAGGCCUACGACACACGCACGGACCGCUGGCACAUGGUGGCCUCCAUGUCCACGCGCCGCGCCCGCGUCGGCGUCGCCGCCAUCGGGAACAAGCUCUACGCCGUGGGCGGCUACGACGGGACCUCUGACCUGGCCACCGUGGAGUCCUACGACCCUGUCACCAACUGCUGGCAGCCCGAGGUGUCCAUGGGCACCAGGAGGAGCUGCCUGGGGGUGGCAGCCCUGCACGGGCUCCUCUACGCUGCCGGGGGGUACGAUGGGGCCUCGUGCCUCAACAGUGCAGAGAGGUACGACCCACUGACGGGCACCUGGACGUCCAUCGCUGCCAUGAGCACCCGCAGGCGCUACGUGCGCGUGGCCACGCUAGAAGGCAACCUCUAUGCAGUGGGGGGCUACGACAGCUCGUCACACCUGGCCACGGUGGAGAAGUACGAGCCCCAGAUGAACACCUGGAGCCCCAUUGCCAACAUGCUGAGCCGCAGGAGCAGUGCAGGUGUGGCCGUGCUCGAGGGGAUGCUCUACGUGGCCGGGGGCAAUGAUGGCACCAGCUGCCUUAACUCCGUGGAGCGCUACAACCCCAAAUCCAACACCUGGGAGAGCGUGGCCCCCAUGAACAUCCGCAGGAGCACCCACGACCUGGUGGCCAUGGACGGCUGGCUCUACGCCGUGGGCGGCAACGACGGCAGCUCCAGCCUCAACUCCAUCGAGAAGUACAACCCGCGCACCAACAAGUGGGUGGCGGCCUCGUGCAUGUUCACCCGCCGCAGCAGCGUGGGGGUGGCCGUGCUGGAGCUGCUCAACUUCCCCCCGCCCUCCUCGCCCACGCUCUCCGUGUCCUCCACGAGCCUUUGACAGCGAGCCCGGCCGUGCCCCGGGGCCUGGGGACAGCGCCUGAGCCAGCCGGGCCCUGUGGGGGCUCUGGGGACACCCACGGGGCCACCAGGGCCACCAGCUGUGCUUCCGGCAGGGCACAGGGGGCUCUGGGGACACCCAUGGGGCCACCAGCUGUGCUUCCAGGAGGGCACAGGGGGCUCUGCCUGCUCUGGGGACACCCAUGGGGCCACCAGCUGUGCUUCCAGGAGGGCACAGGGGGCUCUGCCUGCUCUGGGGACACCCACGGGGCCACCAGGGCCACCAGCUGUGCUUCCAGGAGGGCACAGAGCACAGGGGGCUCUGGGGACACCCAUGGGCUCACCAGCUGUGCUUCCGGCAGGGCACAGGGGGCUCUGGGGACACCCAUGGGGCCACCAGCUGUGCUUCCGGCAGGGCACAGGGGGCUCUGCCUGCUCUGGGGACACCCAUGGGGUCACCAGCUGUGCUUCCAGGAGGGCACAGAGCACAGGGGGCUCUGGGGACACCCAUGGGGCCACCAGCUGUGCUUCCGGCAGGGCACAGGGGGCUCUGCCUGCAGCCAGACUCAUCCAGCACCCCCAAAAGCUCCUCUGGGCAAGGGGGACCCCAAACCAUUGCUGCUUCUGGGAUUGCCGUGCUCCAGCCGUGCCACCGGGCACUGCCAGCCCUGUGGGGCCCUGUGGUGGCACUGCCAGCCCUGUGGUGGCCCCGGAGGACAGUGUGUGACCCCCACUCUGAAUGUCACUGUAGCCAGCUCAGCCCGAGGCGUGUGCCCCGCUCCGGACGCUGCCCCGCUCCGAGGGCGUCUCUUUGAUGCCUUAACCACAGCAAGAGAAGAAGCCCAGCCCAGGCCCAGCCCUGCAGUGUGGGGAGGCUCCUGAGCCCCCCAGGGCUCCCCCGGGGUCCCAGCUGAGCGUGGUGGCGCAGGGACCUUGGUGGCACCGCUGCCAUCGCUGCUGGCCCAGGCUCCGGACUGGGACUCCCUGGGUUUGCUGUUCCCCUCUCUGCAAAGCAGACUCUGGGUUUGUGGAAAGGAAUCAGUUCUUGGAGGAAGAACAGUCCGGCCUUCUGAACAAGAGGGAUUGCCUGGCAUUACUUUUUUGGGUAUUAAUUUUUUUAUUUGCCUUUUUUUAUUUGAACGCUAAUAUGACUCCAUAUCCCUUUGUUUUUUACUCUGCCCUGGUACUCCCCAUCCCUCUGCUCUCCAGGCAGCAGGAGGGGUGCAGUUCCUUCUCUCGUCUGUUGAGGAGAUGAUUCCUGUGCCCUGGAGGUUCUCUCUGGAUGGGUGGGGUGUGUGCAUGUGUGAGAUGCCAAAAGCAGCACGGGAGGGACCCUUUCCAAUCAGCGACUCCCUGGCAAUUAAACAACCCCUCUAAUGAGCUAAAGCUUGGCUAAAUUAGCACUGUGAGGCCUGUCCAGAGCCAGGGCCCCGUGCUGUGGUGUUUCAGGGUGUGCUGUGUGUGUGAGCCGUGAGCUGAGGCGCAGCUCAGGUGCUCUGCACACCAGAGAGGAACGACUCAACCACUGGUACCUCAAUGUGCCCAAAUGUUCAAAUGUAGCAUUGGAAAUAUGGUCCAACUGUUUGGAACUCGUUCCUUCCUCCUUUUUCCCCCCCCUGCUCCCCAUUUCUCACUCACAGAGCUCAGAUUUCACUCCUGUGGUUCCUGUGGGCCUGAAUUCUCAGGCAGCAGGAGAUGCUGCUUCCUGAGGAGCAGGGACAGGGCAGAGUGGCUCCUGUGUCCCCUGGCUGGCUCCUGAGCAAUAUCCCACUGAGCCCGACCCAUGGGAACCCGGCCGAGAGGGAACCUCCUGUCUGUGCUGCCCAAACUAUGCAGGAAAGGGCAAAAACAACCCCCCAGCACCUUCUGGGGGUCCCCAGCCCCCCGACCCACACUGUGUGGACACGAGGUGUCAGCGCCUGCCCUGGCACGUGCCAGGGUGGGAUCGCUCCUGGUGCUGCCCGUCCCCUGCCGAGGAGGAGGAGGAGGAGGAGGAGGGGACGCCUGUCUGUGUCUGUCUGUCUGUCUGUGCUGUCUGAGGGGAGGAGAACAACUCUGUGGCUUCCCUGCCAGUUUCAGUCCGUGCUGUCUCGCCCAAGAUGUUCCUUGUUGAGCUCCCAGCAGAGGAGCAUCCCCAAAACCGGGGGGCUCCGGGCUCUGGGGUCCUCCCCAGCAGGGCCAGGCUGGAGCCCCUGCCCUGGUUUGGGGCUCCCUGGGCCUCCCUGCUGGGCACACCUGGUCCAGAUCCAUGUCCGAGCGUCGUCACUUUGAUUUCUCUGUACCUUUAUUUAUGUGGAACUCUGUUUUCUCUGAAUUUUUUGCACUACAUGGGGCUGGGGAGGGGAUACAAGCAAUAGAAGCCAACGUGUACAAUAAAGACAUUUUCUUGGA